AAAAAUAUCCAAUUUUAAACUCCAAAUGAAUUGAUACUGGGUUUGAGCUUGUGAGAUUCAGGAGACUGAAAACAAUUAUAUUUCUGCAGCAAGCUAUCUUUUAUCACUUUGUCUUACAAUGUACCCGUGCAUUGUUUGUAAGCUUCUGCCCUGUAAAUGCAACAUUGCAUUUAAGCCAUUUUCUAUUUUGAAUAACCAGCAAAACUCUCCUAGCAGCAAUCGGAAUGCCUUCUGGAACAACCAGACCCAACAACAUACUUCAGGAUCUUUCAGUGGAGCAGCAGAAAGGAGACAGCAUAUUAAGUUGCAAUCAUCUCUGGCAUUUUCUUUGCCGAAUAUUCACAAAGGAUCUUUCAGUGGAGCAGCAGAAAUGGGGUUGAGGCAGCAAAGUAUUAAGUUGGACUCAUCCCUGGCAAUUCCACCACUGGCAUUUUCUUUGCAGAAUACCCACAAAGGAUCUUUCACUAGAGCAGCAGAAAUGGGGUUGACGCAGCAAGCUACUAAGUUAGAAUCACACCUGGCAAUUCCAUGGCUAGCAGCUUCUUUGCCAAAAACCCACAAAGGAUCUUUGAGUGGAGCAAUAGAAAUGGGGUUGAGGUCGGAGGGUAUUAAGUUGCAACCACCUAUGGCAGGUUGUUUGUCAAAUACCCACAAAGGAUCUUUUAGUGGAGCAGCAGAAAUGAGGUUGAGGCAGCAGGGUAUUAAGUUGGAACCACCCCUGGCAAUUCCACCUUUGAGAUUUUCUUUGCCGAAUACCCACAAAGGAUCUUUCAAUGGAACAGUAGAAAUGGGGUUGAAGCAACAGGGCAAUAAGUUGGAAUCAAAUACCUACAAAGGAUACUUUUAUGGAGCAGCAGGAAAGGGGAUCCUCCAACACAAAAAUAUUAGUUUUCAAUCACAGAUAGCACCUCCUUGGCCUCAUACAAAUCACAGAGAAUCUUUUUGUGGAGCAGCAGGAAAUGGGAUCCUUCAAAAUCAAAAUGAUAUUACUUUACAACCAGAGCUACCACCUCAUGUUAUUCACACAGGAUCCUUUUGUGUGGCACCAGGAAAGGAGAUCCUUCAAAAUCAAAAUGAUAUUGCUAUGCAACCACAGGUACCACCUCCUCGGCAACACAUAAAUCACAGAGGAUCCUUUUGUGUGGCACCAGGAAAGGAGAUCCUUCAAAAUCAAAAUGAUAUUGCUUUGCAACCACAGGUAUCACCUCCUCGGCAACACAUAAAUCACAGAGGUUCUCGUAAAGACGAAAGAGUUAAGUCACGUGCAAAAUAUCAACGUAUUUUGCAAUCACGAUCAAGAAAGUCAAAUAUUAAUGACAAAGUAAUGGCUGCUGCAGUCGACAAGUCUGAAAUGCGUUUGGAGUUUGGAAGAGUCCCAGUCAUAGAUAUGCAGUAUUUUUCUCAAGAUGAGAUCAAUACAGCAGCCCGAAGUUCAGAUGUGUACUGUUUUGAUGAUCUUGCAAUACCAAACAUCGAUUAUUCUAUAUUUAACGAGAGUACUGGAAGCAGCAACCAAACUUACACAAAUCAAAUCCUAUUGCAGUGUAAAGAAGAACGUGCAGGUCAGGCUAGGCGGAGGGCUGGCCAUCUUUCAGUCUCAAGGCGGCAGAAUGUAUUAACUGAAAAUGAAAAAAAACAAGUCCAUUGGGUACUUGAACUCAUUAAAGAAUUUCGAAUAAAGGGAGAGCAUUUCCGUAAGAAUUCAGUAUUAACUACUACUAAUUCAAACACAGCUUUUGGAGUGCAUAAUUUGGCUUCUAAUCAGGAGAAUUCAAAUCUGGAAGCUGGUAGCUCUUUGCAGUUACUAACAGAUCCAGCAUUGCAGACCAUAGAUGAUGCAAAAUUGGCAAGUAAUACAUUGAAUUCUGACAGAAGCAUUGCUAUCACCAAUACUGGCUUAGACAAAGCUAAAAAGAGGAUUAAAACAAAAGAAGGUGCUAGACGCAAGCCAUUUAUGACAUGUAAUGAGACAGGAAAUGACCAGAUGGUUCUUAAAAUAGCAAGAAGUAAUGCAGCAGAGAGCACUGGGUACCUUACUCAUGGUUUCAGUAAAGCACAUGAAAGUAGUGAUGACAAAGCAGCAAAGGAAGACAUCGGUGCUCCUGCUAACAAUGUUGGCAGUACUUUUGGCUCACCACAUACUUCAAAUGAGCCUCAGGUUCCUCAAUUCAAAAGGAAAGUCAAACCUCUAGCUACAGAAGCUGAGCUGCAAGACUAUUUCAAUAGUAUAGGUGGGGAAUGGGCAUCUAAUAUGAAGAGGCGAAAAAUUGUAGAUGCUGAAGACUUUGCUGAAGGAUUUCCUAAAGGUUGGAAACUUUUAUUGGGUGUUCGAAAGAAACAUGGGAAGUUCAUAAUCGAAUGUCGUAAAUACAUUAGUCCUGAAGGGUUGCAAUUUGCUUCGUGUCGUGAUGUUACAACGUAUCUUUCAAAUACUGGUAAUUCUUCUGCUGCGGUGGUUACUGCCCAAGAAAACUCGAAUCUUGAAGAAUCGAAUGAUGCUCAUCAAAAUGCAAUAGCUGGCACAUCUGCAGAGGAGAACAUGAUGACAGGGAGUCAAGUGAUGCAGCCAGCAGAGGGAGGUACAAUGCUUACAGGUGGGUUGAGCACAGAGAACAAUGCAGAAAAAAAUUCCCCAGAUUUUGAUAAUUCUGCCACACCUGAGAUGGAACCCCCUCCUAAGAUGUGUCAAGGAGAUAGCUCUUCUGGAACUCUGGAUAUUGUUGGUGAUUCAAAAAAACGCCAAAAUGCAACCAAUCAAAACCAUCCAAUGAAUUGUAAGAAGUGCAAUGGAUCGUUCAGCAAUAGGAGUGAAUUUAUGGGUCAUUUGAGCAUACACCAUGUUAAAAAGAAGAAGGUAGUUGCUGAUAAAACAACAAUUGCAGAUGGCGCAAUUCUGGUAAAUGGGAAAUAUGAAUGUCAGAUAUGUCACAAAGUUUUCGAUGAGAGAAAUCGUUAUACCGGGCAUGUUGGUGUGCAUUCAAGGAAAAAUGUAAAAAGAGCACGAGAUGGGUUGGACCAAACUGAAAAUGAAACUAAAGCAGCUUUGGAUUUUGGGGAUGGUGGUGUACGUGCAAAACAAAAUAUAAAAAGACCCCGUGUUUCUUUGGACCAAACUGGUACUGAAACUAAAGCUGACUUGAAUGGUAAGAAGAUUUCUGAUGAUAAACAAGAACUGCAAAUCAAAGCAGAACACUUUCAAGAGAUUUUGGAGGCCAAAAUUUUUAAAGAGCAGAAUAAUACAGCAAAUUCAUAUCUAGCAUUCUUGGGUGCCGUGGGAAAUGGCUUGGCUUCUCCGAGUAUUGGAGGAUUUCUUGGAGGCUUAGAUUCAGAUUCUGGAAAGGAUCAGGCCAAUUUCACUGCAGGAAAUGAGAAGUUUGAUGAUAUUGCAGACUUUGAAAAGAUACAUAUGUACAAUUCAGUGCCAAAAUUUUCUUUUGAAGCAGGUCAAGAUGCAAUUGAUGCUGAUUUGAGCUAUGGAGAUGUUUUGCAGCAGGUAGAAAUGGCACCAGGGCAAUUUGGGUGGGAUUCCUUUUUAUCUGGGAGAGAAAAUUCUUCCCAGUUUGUUGUGUGCGUUUGGUGCAAUGAAGAGUUCAUUUACAAUGGUGUUGAUCAGGACCAGCAGGCUGACUCUGUUGGAGUUAUUUGUCCAAACUGCAAGACCAAGGAUGUCAGUACAGGCUGAGAUGGGCAGUAAGCUUGAAGAGAUGUAAUUUCUGGAUUUUAUUUGAACAUUGAAUAUAAAAUUCAAAAUGCAAUAUGUGAUUUCUCAGUGAGCCUGAAAUUUUGUCGGUGUAAUGGAUUUCUAGUUCUGCAUGCAUUUAUAUUUAUCAGUGCAUGCCUUUGUUCAACAAAUGCAAACUUGUAUGAGAACUUCUAAGUUUUCAAGACUAAUUUUAGGACAUAUUCACCAUUGCUCUUGUUUCACCUUCUUGUACAGAAGUAGUGUGAUGCGUUAUCAAGGAUUUCAGGAAAGGGUUAGAUGGA